AUGUGCAAUGUGGCUGACCAGACAUCGACAGUGAACGAAGAUUUCCCUCCACUCGGUGGGCAACUGAAAGAUAGCCAACCCGUUGAUACUUUCGGCUUCCUCAAGUCCCAGCUGCCAAGUGAUUCUGCAGGUCGUGUUGGGACCCCUUCCCUGCCUCCCGGGCUCCCGUUGCCGCAGUCCCAUCCAGCAUCAGCAGUUUUUCAGGACCAAUUGAGCUUGUCAAGGCCAUCGUCCCCGGCGCCAAGUCUUCCUCCGGGUUUGAAUGUGAACAUCUCUCGGACUGGUACCCCGUCUCAAAAGAACUUGCCCGUUGAAUCUACAGCCGUGACACCCGAACUACCUUCUCGCAAGGUCACCACAUCUGCUCGUGUCAAGGAUGCAUCUCAAAUCUCCCUGGGAUCACCCGUGCCCAAGUCCGCACACAAGUCUCGAAUCAUGACGAAGCUAGACUUGUUUGCAGAUGAUGAUAAGGGUUCUCCUGCCAAAGCUGAUCAAAGUCCUCUCAUUGGUACCAAAGCAAGUCCGAUAACUCUUAGUAUGCACCUGGCUGCUCAAGAAAACGCAUCGGCGAAGUCUGAACGUGUCCUGUCUGGCACUUCAGUAUCUGGACCAGGACCUGCUUCAGCCAUUGGAUCACGCCCUGAUACACCAUUGACCACCGUUUCUCGUGUCUCGGACUCGUCCGUUCUUCGCCAGCCACGCAUCCUACGUGUGGUGGACACUCCCAAGACCGAGGUUCCGCCUCCAAUUACAAAUGCGCCAUCUGCGCCUGUGUCUACCGCCAAAUCUGGCAAGAGCCAAUCCCGCAGACAGAGUUUCUCGUCUAGCAGCAGGCCAGACACACCUGGCGAUUUCGGCUCGGAAGCUGAUCUUUUCCCCUCUGCCUCUGUGUCUCGUGCGAGCUCUCCGCCGGCUACCUCGCGCAUUGGUUCUGCACCUGUUCGGUCAAUCACCAAAAGCCAACUCAAAAAGGAAAGACGACAGAAGGCCAAGGAAGCCGAGGCCAAGCAAGCGGAGACCGCGACCCCUGAAGAGCCUGUUCAAGCCCCCAUCCUUGGGCGAAAGCGCAAGACCAAGAAGGCACCCACCGCCACCACAUCCUCCGCUGAGACUGCUCCUACAACUACGCCGGAGCCUGCAACACCUGUCAAACCUCCUGCUCCGUCUCCAAAGAAGGUGGACUCAAGGCCUGAACCUCCUAAGAAAGUGAAGGAAAAAGAGCAGCCUAUCCAAGAGACCAAGCCGGCCCCUCCUCCGGCUCCAGCUCCGGUGGUAGAGCAACCUGCACCACCCCAAGCUCCGCCAGAACCGUGGCGCUCUCACAACACGGUAGAGCAACUGCUCAAAGAUGCUGAGGAGUCCGGCCGUCCAACCAAGGACCUUUUUGUGGAGAGAACCAAGGCUCUACACGAAGUGCUCGCUGAGAUGCACAAGUCUGGUGAACUCGACUUGCACAAAAGCUCGUUGUUCAAUCCGGCCAAUCUCGGUCAGCGUACGGAUAUGAAGGGCAUUGAUUCGGAUUACUUCUUGCUUAAGCAACCACUGGAGCUCUUUGAGUCGCAUCGUCGUGCCCUUAUGCGUGGUCAGCCAGUACGAAUUGAUGCGGAGCAGCUCUCCGACCGUUGUCUGAUCACCCCACGCGGCUGCGUCCUUCGUCACCUCUCUGCCGAGGAAGAGGAUCGAUAUCUAGAAUUGGAGAAGCAGCGUGGUGGGGCGAUGGAUCCCUUCAUGGUUGGCGACGACUCGAGCAACAUCAAUGGUGGGCUGGACGCGCUCUUUGCGACCCCCGAGAAAUACAAUAUCUGCUGGGUCGAUGACAACUCCAGUCACAUGGGCUCUACCUCACCUACUGGCACCGUGAAUGGCGCUGACUCGGUCAUUCCUCCUAACGUUCUGUCGGCUAUGGAGGCAGAUAGUACGCGCAGUCACGAUUGGGCCGUUGCCCACUCUGCUGAGAUCCUUCAGACCACUACUGCUGCUGUUCGUUCUUUCGCUGCCGCGACUGCCAAGCAGAUGCUUGGUUCUGCCAGUGUACCUGGAACCAAUCCCAGCCUCGACGACGUUGCCGCUAUGACCAACGAAGAACUCAAGGAAUUCGCCGGCCACUCUCAAAAGGACUUGGAGAGCGGUCGCAAGGAGCUGGAUUUGCUGGACAAGAAGCUUGCUGCUUUGCUUCGGCGAAACAAGAAGAUCCAGCAGGCGGCAUUGUCUCUGGUCGAGGAGGCUUGA